AGAGAAAGAGAUAAGCUCUGAACAGCACUCAGCAGAGAGAGAAAGAGAGAAAGAGAGAAGGAGAGAGAGUCAGAAUGGUGACAGAACAAGAGAUAUCGCAAGCGUUACAAGCCCUAAUCCACGACUCCACUUCCAACCCUAACACCACCACCCCGACCUUCACCACCCUGAACGACGUCGUCCAGCAGCUCCAGUCCCGCCUCGGCGUCGACCUCUCCCACAAGACCGACUUCAUUCGGGCUCAGAUCCACUACCUCUUCCGAUCCCACCCACCCACUCCCCAACCUCAACCCCAACCCCAACCCCAACCCCAACCUCAACAAAUUCCUCACCCUCAGCACCCUAAAGACCAUUUUUCCCUUCACCAACCCCCUAAUUACCAUCACCCUGCCCCCUCCGCUUUCCAGACCUUCUCCUCCCAGCCCCCGCCUCCACUCCUGAAGCCCGAGCCCGCCUCCGCCGCUCCUCCGCCCGUUUCCGGCUCUAACACGCCCAAGGAGAGCCCUAAGCCUAAAUCUAAGAGAAAAGGUGGCCCCGGAGGUUUAAAUAAACUUUGUGGUGUUUCGCCUGAGCUUCAGGCCAUUGUUGGCCACCCAACUCUCCCAAGGACUGAGAUUGUUAAACAACUGUGGGCUUACAUAAGGAAGAACAAUCUCCAAGAUCCCGGUAACAAGAGGAGAAUUAUUUGCAAUGAUGAGCUGCGAGUGGUUUUUGAGACAGACUGUACUGACAUGUUUAAGAUGAACAAGUUGCUUGCUAAACAUAUUAUUCCACUCGAACCAUCAAAACCAGCAGUUCCCAAGAAGCCCAAGGUGCCUAAGAAUGCUGUGGAGUCUGCAACGAAAAGUACAGAACCGAGUCCUUCCCUGAUAAUAUCUGAAGCACUUGCAAAUUUUUUUGGUGUUGGAGUAAGGGAGAUGAUCCAAUCAGAGGUUUUAAUGCGUAUCUGGGAGUACAUAAAUGUCCACCAUCUGGAGGAUCCUCAAAAUCAAAUGGCUAUACAUUGUGAUGCAAAGCUUCAAGAGAUCUUUGGUUGCGAAACCAUCAAUGCAUUGGAAAUACCAGAUAUUUUGGAACGUCAUCACAUAUUCAGGAGAUGAUAAUAGGUAUUAAAUCUCGGUCCAUAAGUUUUGAUGGAAUGUUGGUCAUUGCUUGCAGUUGGAGGUCACAGGCGCGAUAAAAUUUGCGCCAAACCUUGUUAGAAAGUGAUGCAUCUCCUUGUACUUUGAACGGUUAUGUAGCAUAUGUUUAUUUUUAGGUCAUGUUUGUAAGUAGAGUAAUGGCACGGCAGGUCUUAUUUAGCCGAUGGCGCCAUGGUUCGUCUGACUUGGCCAGGUAGGUUUAGAGUGAGCAGCUUCUGGAGUUUCUAACACCUGUAAAAUAGCAGACACUAGAAAAAAACAGAACCAAAUGUACUCACAUGUUAUUUAACUCAUUUCAGUUUACUAAUGUAACUGUUUUGCCUAUGUUUAACAA